CACAAACACCUGAGUAUAAAAAGAGGCAGAUGGAGACAGACAGCAGCAACAUCAGCCCAAGAGCUGCAACAUCCAGAAGGGUUCAACACCGACCUCCAUCUGCAAAGCUUCAUCUCCUGCUGCUCCAGCCAACCUCCAGACGCUCAGACACUUUCCUGCCGGGGAUCCAUCAUGGGGAAGCUGAGUGCGCUGCUCCUCCUGCUGGCAGUUGCUGCCAGCCAGGUCGACUUCUCUCUGUCUGCUGUGACAGAACUGAACUUCCCCAACUGUCCGAUCAACUAUUAUGGACGCAAUUACACAGCGCUGACUGUGGAGCAGACACCCAACGUUUCUACUGCACUUUGUUUCAAAGGCUCAAAUGGAAGCGACUGUAUUCACAUAUCGAAUGGUGGUUCUGACACAGCAACCAUGGUGGUUUCUGUUAGUACAACAAACAUUACAUUCAACCUGCCAAGCAUAAAGAGCGUGUCACAGUGCAGAGUAGAGUUGACCCUUAAAGAAAAUAAAACUGGCUCAACCAAGAUGGGAGUAUACUUAUACCAAGCUGGACAACAAGCGGCUGUGCUUUGCAGUCUAAAGUUUAGCCUCCCUACUAUUUCUGUGAAUAUGACGGUCGAUAACUCCACUGUGGACUCAGUGCUGAAGAAUAAUACUUCUUUUUUUUUGGACAUAAGCGGCUGCAGAAACCAAAACACCAGUUUUAAGACUGGAGAAAUAAUGUUCAACAGCUCAGAAACCUGCUCCCAAUUGGUCUGUUCAGUUGAAUCAUCUGGAGUCAGUGUCAGUACAUGUGGAUCAGAGGAGUCUUGCAUCGGCAAUAACAUGUGCGUAAAACCCGCUGACGUGUGCACUGUGACUGCCUCCAGCAUCAUCGAUUUCUCCAGCAGAGUCCACUCUGUCCCUGAUCGCUGCGUAUACAGUCUGAUGAAGCCUCUAGGAAGCUCAGCCUUCAACCUACUGGCGGGUUUCCGUGAGCGACGCCGCCAAGAUGUGGCGUUUUUGGACCACUUGAUACUGUCCCUGAAUGGGUCAAGUGUCAAAAUCUAUCUGGAGCAAGGUGGAAGAGUCCGGGAUGGUCAACAAACGCUAACGCUCAACGCCACGGGUCAGGUGGUUCACGGGGUGGAGCUCUCGAAGAACCAGACUGGAGUUACUGCCAAGAUUCCUUCCAUCAACGCCACAGUCUUUUUUGAUGGCAACACUGCACAUGUGACAGGACAUUUUGGAGCUAUGGAGGGCUUGUGUGGCAACCCCGCUAAUUCCAGUCAGAACUUCACCCUGAGUGCAGCCAAGUCCUCUAAUGACAGUGCAGCCAGCUGCGAGACUCUGCACAACCAAACCGCUGACAGCUCGAUCAACUGCACCCGCACAACUGAAUACUGCAAUCUCAUAAAGCAGGCCCCCUUCACUGUUUGCCACAACCACUCUGACCCCGAGCCCUUCGUAACCGCCUGCACAAACACUCUGUGCAAAUAUCCAGCGGUGGACGGCCUCAACAAGUGCCAGUUUUUGGAGGCUUACGCCGAGUCCUGCCGCCUGAAAGUGACCAUUACAGUGGGGAACUGGAGGUCAAACGCCAGCUGCUCUGCUGUCCCUCAGGCCUCCUGUCAGGAUCAGGACUGCAGUGCUCAUGAAUUCUGCGGUGAGAAGCUCGGUUCGACCAGCUGCCUCUGUCGGGCCAUUUUCGCUGCCAAGUACAACUCAACAAACUCUUUAGGCGAGCCGACAGUCUGCACGCAGAACUCGGCCACUCUCACUCUGGCUGGUUGUCUGCUGACGGACAAAGGCAUCGACUACUCUGCCUUACACCUCAAGGACCAGAACUGCACAGGUCACAUAGACAGCAAGACCCACAUGGUGACUUUCAGCUUCAACAGCAGCAACGCCUGCGGGGCGGAGGUUAUGAAAAACAACAGCCAAGUCCUCUACAAGAACACCGUCAUGAUGGCGAACGCCUCCGGCAUCAUCACCCGCAACGACCAGGUAGCGAUUGACUUCUCCUGCCUCUACGCCGUGCCAGAAGUCAAGAGUGUGUCCUUCAAGAUCAAAGACAGCUCUGUGGUGAAGCAGAUUGUAUCUGGAGUUUGGAAUUACACUGUGACGAUGAACGCCUACAACGACUCCGGCCACAAGAACCUCGUCAACGCAAACACUGAGGUCGGGCUGAACCAGAAGAUCUGGGUGGAGCUGAAGACAGAUGGGCUGGACAACAACAUAGUCACCGUGGUCACCGACUCCUGCUGGGCAUCCAACGACUCCUCACCCAAUGGGACCCUGCGAUACGACCUUGUCAAAAACGGAUGCCCGAACGCUGCUGACAAGACGGUGAUGACUGAGGGAAACGGAGUGGGAACGUCCAACGGCUUCUCUUUCAACAUGUUCGAGUUCUCUGGGAAAACCGGUGACAUCUACCUGCACUGCAAACUGGAGCUGUGCCUCACACAGAGCAAUGCCUGUGCUCCGAGCUGUGGAGGUCUCAGGAAGCGCAGAUCUCUCAGGUCCAAAUAUGCCGAUGGAAACCCAGCCCUCAUCUCUAUGACCUGGACUAAAUGAUUCCUGACUCAACCUUCAUCCCAAUGAGGAGCCUGAAAGCUCGCUGGUUAUGAAACAAUGUUUGAAGUUCUUUAUUCCCGAGUAGCUGCACUAAGGUAGCAGCUACUCUUCAUAUAAAACAAGACAUAUAACAUUAUAUAGAACGUGUUUCGGACAGGAUAGUUGUUCACGUCGGUUAAUUAAGGUCUGGGUUUUUGUUCAUGUGUUUUUACUGUUGCUGUGAAAUAUGAUAUAAUUAUCAUAACACUGAUCUUCAUUGGAUCCACCUGUGAAGGAUCAUGUUAUUUCUGCAGAAUUGGUGCUGAGUCAAUCCAAUGAUUCAGGCCAAUUAAUAAUGAGAGUGGAACAAAAUCUUUGGUGAAAUAAUAAUAAUAGAAGUGAAGUGUGCAAUGAAGAAAAAUACCGUAAAACUUUGAUUAAAAGCAGGUUCCCAAUUCGACACGCCAUUUUAAAAAGGAGUUUAUACAGAGUAAAGUACUUUUUUAUAUUACAGACUGUAAAUUACACAGAAAACCACAAAUAUACCAUAUCUCACUACGAUCAUACGGUAUUUUCAUGUGGCAAAACUGUUGCUUUUGAUGGUAAAAACUGGUGUGACUGUAAAACCAACAGUACUAAACUCCUUUUACCGUAACUAUAAAAAAACUCUACUGUGUUUAUUUACAGUGUAGAGGCCUGUCCUGUUUAAAGGCCUGUCUCGUUUAAAGGCCUGUCCCAUAUAGAAGCCUGUCCCAAAUAAAGGCCGGCUAUUAAUUGAAGUUUUACGGUAAUGGAGGUUUACAGGGUUUUAUUUACUACAUGCACUACUUCCUGGUACUGUGGGCUCUUUUAUAAAACAUAUAUAAUUUCUUCUUCACUAUGAUGUUAACCGCCUACUUUAACUGUACACAGCCUAAAUGCUACCUCGUGAAUGCAGAAAGUUCUGUGUUUUGGUGACAUGAAGUUAAAAGAAGUCUGUCAGGCUCAGCUGAAAGAAGCUUUGCAGCAAGAAGGUUUAGAGAUCCAGUGGAAGGAAAAUACGCCACAUUAAAAUGGUGUUUAUUAGUAGAUUGAAGUAACUGUGAAUGAAGAUUGAUUACACUGAGACGUGCUGUUGUACUAUUACUAUUAGCAUAUUAAAAACCAAAAAAAUGUAAUAAAGGAAGUGGGAGAAUACAAA